AAAAGGAGACCUAAAAGGAGGGAGAGAGAGAAGGAAAAAGAAGGGCAUAAAGUCACUAGCAGAAGCUUUUUAUAUGUGCUUUCUGCAAUUUACCAGAUAUUUACAAGGGAGUCUCUUCAGAGUACAGAGAAAUCUGUGAACUGUUGGAAUAUUAUAAGUCUUUCCUUGAGAUGUCAGCCAAGAGCUUCAGUAGAGUCGUACUCACUAUGGUGCUUAUUCUCUUCCUGAAGAUACAACUCUCAGUACCAGCGCCGUUGAAUGGGUCAAAAUGGUCUUAUAUUGGUCCUGAUGGAGAGAAGACCUGGCCGAAGAAAUAUCCAUUCUGUGGGGGAGUAUUUCAAUCACCGAUAGAUUUUCACAGAGAUAUUCUCCAGUAUGAUUCUAAUCUCUCACCUUUAGAAUUCAUAGGCUAUAAUGUGCCCUCCACCGACCAGUUUACACUGACCAAUAAUGGUCAUUCAGUGAAAAUGUAUCUGUCGCCUACUAUGCACAUCAGAAACCUCCCUUUUGAAUACACUGCAUCUCAACUUCACCUACACUGGGGAAACAGAAACAAGUCAGAAGGCUCAGAGCACACAGUCAGUGGGAAGCAUUUUGCAGCAGAGCUGCAUAUUGUACAUUAUAACUCUGAGAAAUAUCCAGAUGUAACAGCAGCAAUGGACAAAGCAGACGGACUGGCAGUUUUGGCCAUCCUUCUUGAGAUUGGACCCUUCAACCCAUCAUAUGAAAAGAUCUUCAGGCACUUCCAGAACGUGAAAUACAAAGAUCAGAUGGUCCAAGUCCCUGGUUUCAAUAUUCAAGAACUGCUUCCUGACAGACCAGAUGAGUACUAUCGCUAUGAAGGAUCCCUGACAACUCCUCCUUGCUACCCUAGUGUUCUCUGGACAGUCUUCCGACACCCUGUUAAAAUUUCACAAGAGCAGUUGCUGGCACUGGAAACAGCCAUGUACUGCACAGAGAGUGACGACCCAGAACCCCUGGAAAUGGUCGAUAACUUUCGCAAUGUUCAGGAGUUUCGUGAAAGACUAGUUUUUAUUUCUUUCCGUGAAGGUAAGCUGUACAAAUGCUUCUAUGCAAAGAAACUGCACAGUGCCUUGUAUAAAUCUGAAAUAUUGAUGUGGCGGUCCUGUUGCCUGAACCACUACAAAAAUAUGGGGGUUUCAUUCUCCUGUGGUUCACUUUGUUCCCUUUUCUUCCCUUUCUGCAUUGUUGCAUGGGCAACUGUAUGAGAGUAAGGUAUUUGGAGAGCAUAUAAAAAGAUUUGUUUCACAACAGGUAUCGUACAAGCCAAUACCAAGCAACUCUUCUGAUCAAAGGGAAGGAGAUAAAAGAAGGAAGACAUGUUCAGCCUUGUCAUGCUUAGCAGAGCUAUUUGCUGUCACUCCAAACACUAAAUAGCUCUCUACAUCUGAACGCUUUCAGUCAGCUUAGCUACUUGAGCUGGCCUUGUCUCACAAGUCACAUUUGCAGGCUCUCAGUAAUAUCAGGUCUGCUUUUGUGCAGACAGCAAGUUUAAAAGGAAUCACAGCUUUGCAUUUCUGGGAGACUGUUUGGGGGAAGUUACAGAGAAUCAGAAGAGGUCCUUGAGAAACUCAAACUUGGCAAGUAAAAAUAACUCAUUACACUGUAUUGUAUGAUCUAGUAUUACAAGUGAGAAAAAAUAGCCAUCUUACAAAGAAGGACUGAUUCAAAAGCUUAAUUAUGCAGUGUUACACUAUGACAAUACAUAAUACAAUAUAUAUAUAUGUAUUGGAAUAAUUGCGUGUAACUUAAUAAUUAUUUAAAUAAGUAUGUUAAUCUUUCUGUCCUUGCUACCUAAGCACAUUUCUCUCAUUGAUUUCUAAUGACUUAGAUCUUAGUUUCUCUGUAUUUUUACUUGAGUAAAAAACAUUUACAGUCCUGAGCAGUCUGACUAUGGCUUGAACCACAAGCUAUAACUUCACAAUUUAAUUAUAUUCUCUAGCUUGGCACUAAAUCUCUACAUUUCAUCAUCUCUAGAGCUCCAGAGCAAGAAAGGCUACAUCUCCAUAACUGUUGCAGCUCCUGACUUUUAUUUUAUUAACCACUCUAUCUGCAGAAUACAAUAUAGUUGAUCCUCAGAAAAAAGCUUUAUGGACCAGGUGUACGAAGGGCAAGCUUGAGUGCUAAAGGCAAUGCAGAGUUUUCAGUAUGGUUCAGAGAUCCAGACUACUUCAGGUUCUCCUAGGCCUCACUUCUGCACACCCUAGAGAAAGCUACUGACUAGAAAAACAUCUGUUUUAACUUGCAGCACUGAAGAAGGGACAGUAAUUUAAGAAGAGAUGGCUUAUUUCCCAAUAUUGAGGUGCAGAGAAACAGCAUAACAUAUUCUUUUGUUUAAAAUAUGAUAAAGUUGCUGAAGAAGCUAAAUUCAGUCAGUGGAGUCAUAACUACAUGACUUCAGACUUUUUAUCAAGCACCUUUCAGUUUAGGUUCAGUGACCCUACUUAUCUACACAAGUCUUACAGUUUGCAAAUAAAGGUGUACAAAAGUGACUUUCCCCAAGGUUUCCAUGAUGUUAACUACUGAGUGGAAUGGAGCCCAAACUGAAACACUAGUGGGUCUGUACGCCGGCAAGCCAGCUUUAUUUUUCAGUAACAAAAGAGAAGCCCAUGACAUCACUUCUGAUGUCACAUAGAGCCUAUCUAUGAAGCAUGACUGGAAGUAUCUCUAGCACAAAAGGUAAAGCAAAACGCAUUACAUGAUGCAAACAUACACAACAGAAAUCUCAAAAAUAAGUGGCCUCUGCUUUUUUGAAAUUCUCUAAGGACAGAAAGUCCCAAGCUGCUAGAGCUUUAAUUCCCAAAGUUUGGGGAAAAAACAAAACCAAGCAAACUUGCACAAUAAGGAACUUAUAAUAACUUAAUGGAAAUGCUGUAAUAAGUGAAUGCAAAAAGUAGACUGAAGAGUCUCAGCCAAUAGUAAGUGGGCAGCUUUGGAAACAGCAUUCAUUUUAACAAUCUCAAGAUACCAAUUUUUUACCAGCAUUACUGAAUUCCAACGAAAUAUAGACAUUGUAGAGGCUCUAAAAAGCCGGAA